UCGCUUGCUACCGCCUCUUCAGCUCUUGCCGCGAUGAGUGAUGACUGCGGGAGCCUGCCGUUUGCUGAGACUCGCAUGUGCAGACAUCGCCCACACACUGAUGCGGCCGUGCCGUCGCGGGAGGAGCCGCAAACUGCCUGCGCGAGGUUUGCGGAUGCUGCUGGUGAAGUUGGUGCUGGCUUUGGGAGCAGUAGGGGCGCUCUUUGCUCUGCUACCUUUAAAGGCCCCAGAAGCGCCUGCGCAAAGCUUGCAACAAAAGACUGAGGAUGGGCUGGCAACCAAUGAAGUUCCUGAAGUUCCUGGCUUGAAAGCAGACUUUGAAGCAGACCGCAGCCAAGCUGAUCCCAUUGAGCCUGGCCUCAUUGAAGAGCCUGGUGGCACUGGUGGCAACGAUCCAAAGGAAGAGAUCAGCAGCCUACCUCCAGAUGUGUCAACAGUCCAUGAGACCUCCAUUGAACCCGCAGCCCCUUCAACCAAGCAGAAGCAGAAACCACAGAAGCUCAAGACUCAGCAGACUUCCAAACCAAAGGAAAAUUCUGACAAGGGCUCCAAACCCAAAACUGAUAUGGACAAAGCCUCCAAGCCAAAAGCAGAUGUGGUGGACAAGGCCGCCAAACCGACUUUGUCAGAAGAAAUCCACGUGUGCUUCUGCAGCGAUGAUACGGACUGGCGCCCACUUGCGGCGGCCAUCAACUCCACCUUGCAGAAUGCAAAGCGACCCCAUAUGGUUACUUUUCAUCUGAUCACAUCGCAAGACCUGGCUCCUGUCGUUAGCAGCGUGUUGGUCAAAGUCCUACCAGCCCUGGCUACACAGCUCAAAGUGCAUUCCAGCACCACUCUACAGAGCCGCAUCAAGAGCUUAAUCAGCUAUCGCAAGAGCUCUGGAGCGCGGAAAGGCCUUGCAAGUCCCUUUAACUUUGCUCCAUUUUACUUGGAGGAUUUCAUCUCCCAAAGCGGGGAGCUUCCGCAGAGGCUGAUAUAUCUUGACACGGAUGUGCUGCUGUUGGACGAUAUUGGAGCCCUGUGGAAGACGGAUAUGAAAGGCUUGCCUGCGGCCGCCGUGGAGGAUUGCUCUCAAAGCUUCGAACUUUAUAUCGACUUUGCUGAAAUGGAAGAGCUCGGUUUAAAGUCCGGCAGUCUUAGCCCCAAGGAAUGUGUAUUCAAUCGUGGCAUUUUCGUGAUGGAUGUGACACAGUGGAAGCACCUUCACAUCACUCAAGACAUUGAACACUGGAUGAGCAAGUAUCGGGAAUCCAAGAAGGACAUUUACAAAUUUGGAAUGUCUCAACCACCAUGGCUGCUGGCGCUUCACAAGAAGUAUCACAAGUUGGGUUCUGAAUGGAACUGCAGGGGCCUUGGUCGUGACACCUUGUCGUUGAAGGAGCUGAAAGAGCUGAAGCACACCCUGAGCUUGGACUUCAAAGCUUUGCAGAAGGUUGGUGCACGUGCCAUGGGAGAACAGGCUACGCCUUACAUUGCGUCUUGUUCCAGGGAAGCUAUGCUGUUGCAUUUCAACGGAAAGCUGAAACCCUGGCGAAGUCGAAGGUGGGUCAGAAAGCAGCCCUCGCCCAUGUGCCUCGUCAAGGCCACGACAUUUCCAACGCUCCAAAGGAAGAAUGUCAAUGGCAUGGACUUCGUACGCUGUGCAGACAUUUGGUCGAACUUUUUAUCGCCUGAGUCGGUGGAAGUUCUCAACGCAACCGCGGUGCAGUUCUACGAGAGCUUCAAACAGUGAUAGCUCGCAUCGAUGCCGAAAGGAAAGGGUAAGAUGGGGCAAUUCACAGCUAAA